AUGCCUCACAUCCCCGCCCGACUGGCCCCGAAACUAAUGGCACGGUUGAGCUCUCGAAACGACGAUAAAGUGGAUUUUGGAGAUUUUGUGAGCUAUGUUGUUGAGCAGGAAAAAAAAUUAGAAGCCAUUUUCCAAGAUCUGGAUAAGAACAACGAUGGUAUGUUAUUUUUAGGCUUUUUUCUUUUAUAG